UUUCACUUUUUUUUUCAUUUCAGAAAGGAAAAAGAGUACACAGGAUAUUGGGCAUAAGUCCAUCCAGCCCAUCUAAACUACUAAAAAAUAUUUAUAUAAAAAUAUUUAACCUAAGAUUAAUCUAAAAGUAAAAAUACAAAAUCGACUGUCUUAAUUUGAACAUUCGUUCUAUAUCUAUGAUAUAUAUUCUGGCGACAUCUUUGCAAGAUUAAGAGAAGCUUUAUUUUACAACUCAAGGAAUAAACUAUUGUACUCUCCUCGGGUAAAGCUUUUGUAUUUUAAACGCUAGAUGGAUGCACAUCUUGUAGGCUAUAGAAACGUGUGGAGCAGACGCUGAGCAAUUUGGAGUUGUCAUCAGUAAACACAUGUGCUUAGAUGUUUUCUACUUGUUCCUUUCUCUCAAGUCAGAUUAAUGAUUAACGAUUAAAUAGUUUUUCAUCGAACGAUUCUAUUCCCACAUCUUGAAUGUACGAAAAAGAUGUAUGAUAUAUGCCACCCCAGCUAUUAUCAUCUGUGCAAACUCGGCUGUAAUGACCCGAUAAAGACAAGUACCGCUUUUUAUGUCUACAUUGAAAUAUGCGAAGUAAGGCGAUACUGGGAUGUUACGUAUAAGUACAACCAGGAACUUGAUUUGAUCUACUUCGAAGUAAAGAAAAAGAAAUGUUCUCCAUUGGAGAUUUAUGUACCUUGGCCAACCAAAUAUACCAUUAGCAUUGACAAAAUUGAGAAAAUGCAACAGUUAUUGCAAAAUGAACGAUUGACAAUCGUAUUAAAAUUUGAAGACAGUAGCAGCAUUUUUUAUACAGUAACUACUGGCCUCUUGAAACCAGCAACACCAGAAGCGAGUAAACAACAGAAAGAAAAAGUAGAAAAGAUACUUAAUUUGGAAAGUGAAAUCCAACGGAAUACGUUACACUUAUAUGAAUUAGCAAAGACUUUAGCUUCUACUCGUGAAACUAGUGAUCAAACUUGCAAUUCCAAUUUGGGUGCUACUGUAGAAUCAUCAAGUCUUGAUUCCAGUUUAGAGAUAUUAUGAUAAUUUUCUUUUAUUUAAUAUAUAAUUUUGAUAUAAUAUAUGUCUGCUUUGUAUAUCUUGGUAUUUAUCUCUUUUUAAUACACGCCUUACAGCUUAUGUAUGAAACAUUCAACUAAACAUAUACUGAUUCAUUGAAAACAAAUUUUAUAAUUAAAGCUUUUAUUGAGCCUAGUAAAAUAAUUUUGAUAACGAAAGUAAAAUGUAUUGGAAGAGGUAUAUUUAAACAUAAGGAUAUAUUUUUAAUAUUUAUUUUUUAAAGUAAUUCACAUAUAAUGCGGAUUUUGAGAAUAUUUGUAAGGAUUGCAUAAUUGUUUAAGUGAUAUGUGAUAAGCUGCCACUGCAAAUAUAUAUGAAUUAAAUAAAUUAAUUCUUAAAAAUGUU